AUGUCUGGAUUAGAGAGGAGCCAAUCGUAUGAGGUUCGAGAACACUAUGAAACCAGGAAUGGUCCAUGUCCGUCGUUUUCAGAAAUGGACCGUCGUUUCCGCCUACCACCGUUCUCACCGCUGAACUUCCAUAGCCGAUUCUUCGACGAUUUCGACUUUGACCGUGCGUUCAGCAGACCAUAUUGGCAUGAUCAAUCGAUGCUCACGGGCCAUAAGAUUGGCGAGGGUGUAGAUGUUGUCGACAACGACAAGGAGUACGCGGUUUCUGUUGACGUGUCGCAAUUUGAACCUGAGGAAUUGACGGUGAACAUCGUGGACAACACACUUAUCAUCGAGGGAAAACAUGCGGAAAAAUCGGAUAGGUUUGGAAAGGUGGAACGACACUUUGUACGAAAAUACGAUCUUCCGAUGUCGGUGAAAGGUGAUGAGGUGAAGAGCGAACUUAGCAAAGAGGGAAUUCUUACGGUGAAAUACGAUCGUCAUCCUGAACAACAACCAAAAGUGAUUCCAAUUUCAAUUAAACCUAAGUAA